UUGAUGGAGCCAGUUGACACACAGGAUGGAACCAAGUCCACGGACUCUGAUUGGGACAUACGAAAUCCGUUUCGCAAAUUUGAUUUCGCCUCCUAUCUGAAGGAGGAAUUAGUACAGUCUGUUCGACAGAGGCAGGAGAAAUCUGGCACCGACAACUGUGGUCCGUUCACCAAUCGUGUAUAUACUUUCGUCACUGUUCCACAAUAUUUUGAAUCGUUUAUGAGCUACGGUCUGCUCCAGUGUCUGGACCAUUUGCUCGUGAUUUACACAUUCCUGCCGAUCCGUUGCUUCCUAACGGGUAUUCGUCUCCUAUCACAUCUGGUCAGUUCGUUAUUUCGGUGCGUUUGUCAAGUCUUCUAUGGCUACAUUCCAAUCAGACUCAAACGUAUACACACACCGAAUCGACUGUUCAGCUACGAGCUUCGUGACGUUGUUCGACUUUCUAUCAUCAUUAUAUGCACCACGUUAUUGGUCAAUGUGGACAGUUCAGUCGCUUAUCACGAAAUCCGAACUCAAUCGGUCAUCAAAAUCUAUUUGUUUUUCAACCUACUCGAGGUCGCUGAUCGCUUGCUAUCUGCAGUCUGCCUGGAUGCUUUAGAUGACCUACUCUACACGGUCAGCAAACCUCGGCGACGGCCAACAAAGAAUGGUGAUGGCACUGACGCCAGGGAAGGCAAUGCAGGGUAUAAUAUGAGCUGGGUGCGAGAUUUGGUGUUCCAGUACUGCUUUGCCCUGGUCUGUAUAUUCGCCCAUUGCUUCCUGCUGUUGUGCCAGGUCACCACGUUGAACGUUGCGUUUAACUCUCAGAAUAAGUCUCUCGUGACCGUGUUUAUCUCGAACAACUUUGUAGAGCUGAAAAGUAACGUAUUUCGCAAAAUGGGCAAAACCAACUUGUUUCAAAUCGCUUGUGCAGAUGUCCGUGAACGAUUUCACUACGGCGUCUGGUUGUUUAUCAUCGUUUGCCGUAAUAUGAACGACACUGGUUGGAAUCUAGAUGACCUUUGGUCCAUGUUGUUCGACGUCGCUUGUAUAUUCCUUGCCGAGGUUGCUGUCGACUGGAUCAAACACUCGUUUAUCACAAAGUUCAAUGUAAUCCCUUCGGAUGUUUACAAGGAGUACACGGUGAGCAUCGCUUAUGAUCUGCUGCUGUGUCGUCAAGGCAAGAAUACAGCCGACUACUUUGACCUGUUAUCGCGUCGCAUGGGUCUUACACCGAUCCCCUUGAGUUGUUUGAUCAACGUGAUGCUAAUCCAAACUGUUCGAAAUCCGGGAUUCCUUUGGCUCAGUUUGCCCGUUGUAUUCUGCAUGCUUUGUGCUGUCAAAGUUGUGGUCAAUAUAACCCUACUCUCAUUCGCUUACGCUCACGUUAAAGCGUAUAUCAAAGCCGUGAGUGCAGCUCAUUCAGGAGUAGUGCAAGACACAAGUGUCACCUCAACAACGAAAGAUGACAUUUCUUUUUCGAGCAACCUGAAAGAACAACUAUUCUCCGACAAACAGAGUGGUGAACCUGUUGCAAAUGGGACAAUGUCACAGCGGGGGCCGAGAGACCAAUUGAUCCCCGUUCGGUAUACGGGAUAUGAUCAGCCAGCCGGAGAGGAUGAAAACUUCCUGCCAAUGUUACUACGCCAUCGUCGAGUGCGUAGCGAAUCCGGGCGUUGCCCAACACCUGAACCACCGUCACCCCCAUCUGGACGGGGAGAUAUAAUAGUUGGAUCUACCACACUUUGGCAAUCCCCGUAUGGUGAGGCAGUCUCUGAGAAUGGAACGGAAGUACAGCAAGCAAGGUUUGCUUCACCUCUUACUGGCUCAGGUGAUACUAUGGGCACUUCGCAAGUUUUAGCGCGUGAGGUAUUUACGGGGCUAGGAGGUAUCGUGCCCAAUAUUGGACUGGCCAGUUCUUGUUCAAGUCCUAUUUUACCGGCGAAAAAUUCACCUGCUGCAGUUUCUACGCAAGAUGUCAAGUCAUCAGCAAAAUAUUCCAACCGCGCCAACGCGCUUGCAAGCAGCGCAUUGACAAGCCUCCUUACACCCUUAUUCGGUGGGAUUGCUGACAAAGAACAAGUCAACUUCUCUCCGCCGGCAUUUAACUUUCCCGCCACACUCGACGAUACAAACAUAGAAGUGAUAACAUCGGGUACUCCUAACGUUCACCGAAAUCUCCCGGAUGAACCCCUAUGUAACCCUGUAGGUAGCUCCCAACCGAACCUGCUUAGCGAAAGGCAACGUUCUUAUAGUAUUGACUUGGGCGUUCUGAGCGGCUUCACCCGGCUACGCGAUACGCAGCCGCAUGAUAGCCAACAAAUCAAUGUGGCCGUCGUCGUCGACACCAGGAACGUCACAACUCCGCUGUCGUCCGAGCGAGGCGUCACAGUGGAAAAGGGAUCACAGACCGAGCCGAUACGGAGACCUCGAAUGCGUACUUGGACUGAAAGUUCCGACACUAGGAUUCACAAGCUCUCACGCGAUAACAUAUUGCCUGUCAUGUGGGAACAAAGUAGUCGGAAUAGUAUUGUUGUACAGCAACUGAGCUCAGGACGUGUAUGUGUGAAACAACCAUUGUCCGAUGUUGACCGUUACUCCAUGGUUGAAGGACAUAUCAGUUAAUCUGUGUGAUAAAAUGUUUUUUCUCUCUCCUGAGUUCAGUCGAAAGAGUACAGUUGCUGUAUAUCAUGAUUCUGUCUACUGCUCG